CUCCUUCCAUCAUCAUAUCAAAUCAACCUUGAGAGCUGGCCUGUCAAAUAGAUGUCAUAGAUAUACGAGUUGCUCUUUUGAUAUAAGAAUAAGAGAUCUGCGACCAUCGAUUGCUCUUCCUUGACUGCGUCUCUCUCUUUUCCUCCUCUCUCUUUUCCUCUCCUCCUCUCUCCCAUCAUUCUUUUCCCAGUCCCCACCUACAACGAUUCACUUCUCUGCAACAAAAUUCAAACACAAUGGCUUCCGAUUUCGAUCCCUCCGCGGUAGACCUCAACACCGCCGACCCGACCCAGGUCGUGUGUUUCCUUCAGGCCGGCCAGAACGAGUAUGACGGCCGCCUGGGCGCCCGCAUCUCGGCCCUCUUCGUGAUCCUCGUCGUGUCCAGUGCUACCACCUUCUUCCCCGUCGUGGCCGCCCGCGUCCGCUGGGUGCGCGUGAACAUCUAUGUCUACCUCUUCGCGCGCUACUUCGGCGCCGGCGUCAUCAUCGCCACGGCCUUCAUCCAUCUCCUCGAUCCAGGCUAUGCAUCGAUCGGCCCCGACACCUGCGUCGGCAUGACCGGAGGCUGGGCCUCCUUCUCCUGGCCGCCCGCCAUCGCCCUGACCUCCACCAUGGGCGUCUUCCUCAUGGACUUCGCCGCCGAGCGCUACGUCGAGUACAAGUACGGCCUCGCCCACAGCCAUCAGGACGUCGAGGCCCUCGUCACCGACCACGCCGGCCCGCUCAACCCCCGCGCGCCCCUGAGCCACCACCAGCUGCACUCGGGCGACCAGGACGAGAGUUUCCACGCCGCCGUCGCCGCCGCUGCGAUCCAGGACACCCCCCGCAACCCUGCCGCCCCGACGCACAAGGAGGAGCUGCACGAGAGCGACGUCGAGCUCGCGGGGUCAUCCGGCGCGAGCACGACCUCCGCCGACGAGCGUUCCUUCCGGCAGCAGAUCGCCGCGUUCCUGAUCCUCGAGUUCGGCGUCAUCUUCCACUCCGUGAUCAUCGGCCUGAACCUCGGGACCGCCGGCUCCGAGUUCUCGACCCUCUACCCGGUCAUCGUCUUCCACCAGUCCUUCGAGGGCCUCGGGAUCGGCGCCCGCAUGUCCGCCAUCCCGUUCCCGUCGCGCGUCGCCUGGCUGCCGUGGGUGCUGUGCACGGCCUACGGCCUGACGACGCCGCUGGCCAUCGCCAUCGGGCUAGGCGUGCGCACCACGUAUAACGCGGGCAGCUUCACGGCGAACGUGGUGUCGGGCGUGCUGGACUCGACGUCGGCGGGGAUCCUGAUCUAUACGGGGCUGGUGGAGCUGCUGGCGAGGGAUUUCCUGUUUAACCCGGAGCUGACGCGCGACUCGAGGAGGAAAGGAAGGGAAAGGAAGGGAAAGGAAGGGAAGGGAAGCGAAUAAAAUACCCGAAUAGCAAACAGAAGAAUCCAAAUGUAGAAAGGAGGAAAGGAAGGAAAAGGAAGGGAAAGGAAAUGCACAAAAUACCCAAAUAAAUAAACAGAAGACUCCAAAUGUAAAAAGGAGGUAGACUAGCGUAAUAAAACAAAAAGGCACAAGACUUCUGCCAAUCUUCACCGGCCUGAGACCGCCAGCGUCAAUUUAUCCUUGAUAUACAAGUAGUCACCGAGACUGUCUAGAUCCCGACGGGAAUUCCUGAAAGUACUCA